AUGGCCGAGGUGUCACUUGUCACCCUGCCACCCGAGAUCCGGCUGCAGAUAUGGUCCUACCUUGUCCGACCGACGACGAUCUACCCUUGCGAGUGCGCCACGAGAGACGAGCAAUGUCAAGCCCAUCGCCUGGGCACCUGCUGCCACAACACCUCCACGUACCAGCACUGUGACAACCGCAUCCUCCGGGUCAGUCGUCAGAUCUUCGAAGAAGUCCAGCCCGUCGCCAAGCGGGCGGAGCAAGCGCGACUCUUCGUGCUGUGCAACAAUCUCUGCCUCGACAAUUUCUUCAAGUCCCUGGACCCGAGGGACUGGAAGUGGGUCAAACAUCUGAGGGUCGAUCUGUUCGUCGGCUGGGGCAACGACAACCAGGACGACUGGUUUCUGUGCCAGAUGCACCGCUGGGCGAGGAGGUAUGUGGCCGGCACCUUGAACAAGUAUGAUCAGGGGCGCGAAGUCUCGAUCCAGCCGGCCCAGGAGGCCAGAGAAGACAAGAAUGGGAGGAGGACGCUCACUGUCGACAUCUACCUUUCGUGA